CGGGGUGUCGGACAGUAGUCCGUCGGCCGUGGCUGGAGUCGGCCCGAGCCAGUUCUGCCGCCUACCUCCGGACUCGCUGUGUCGUGCUGAGCGUCCUAUCGUCAGUUCGACAGCGCCAGAGCGGCAAUCCGUCAGCCGAGAGUCCCGGUUUGUCUAUUUGUUUACCUACUGUUUAGCCAUCUCCCGUCUGAACUGAACGGAGGCGCUGCUCGGUCUUACCGGGCGCAUCUCUGCAGUCUGCAUCGUGCUGCUAGUUUCUCGGCGUUCAUCUACUGCAGCCAUGGACGGUCCUCAAAAGAAGUUGAUGGCGGAACCGACGGCGUCGGACACCAGCUCCGACACCUUGGGCUCCGAGAGACACUCCAUUUACAAACAGAUCCUGGGCAGCGUGGUGGUCGCCACGGUAACCCUGUCGUACAGCUGUCUGCUCGGGUUCGGCUCCAUCCUGCUGGGACAACUGGAGGAGGAUGACGCCACCGUGGUGGUCUCCGACCGACAGCGACCCUGGCUCAUGGGCGGAGCCUACGUGGGCUCUGUACUGGGCUGCAUUCUGGCCACGUUUCUGGCCAAGACGUUCGGCCCUAGCCGGAUAAUGUUCUGGCACACGCUACCCAACGCUAUUGGAUGGGCUCUGCAGGCGCUGGCCACCGGUUUCUGGCCGCUGAUGGCCGGCCGGUUCGUGUGCGGCCUGGCGUGCGGCGUGUGCGUCAGCAGCGCUCAGAUCUACAUCAGUGAGAUCAGCAGUCCGCGGGUGCGCGGCGUGCUGCUGAUUCUGCCCGAGACGUUCGCCACGGCCGGCCUGCUGAUGUGCUACACCCUCGGCCUGCUGCUGCACUGGAAGAUGGUGGCGGUGGUGUGCGGCCUGGUGCCCAACCUGGUGAUAUUCGCCGGCUUCCUGCGACUGCCCGAGUCGCCCACCUGGCUGGUGUCCAAGCACCGCCUGUCGGCGGCCGCCGAGUCGCUGCUCUUCUUCCACGGCCGUCGGUACGCGGCCGACAGCCAGGUACAGCUGAUCCUGGCCGGACUCGAACAGACCAAAAUGUCCGUCUGCGAGACGCUGCGACUGAUGCGGCACAGUGUCUACCUGCAGCCGGUGCUCAUCAUUGCCGUCCAGAUGACCAUCCUCAACUUCUCCGGCAUCAACGCCAUGUUCGGCUACGCCGUGGUCAUCUUUCGUCUGGCGCGCACGGGCAUCAACGAGUACCACUGCGCCAUGGUGCUGGCGGCGGUGCGGCUCCUCUGCAACAUCGGCAGCACGACACUCAUCGACCGUCUCGGCAGACGCGUGCUGCUCUCCCUCUCCGGCGCGUUCUGCACCGUAUCGCUGGCCGUCAUCGGCGCCUACUUCUACCUGCGGGAGCAGGACGUCCAGCAGGUUCACGGACUACACUGGCUGCCUCUGGCCGGCAUGAUCUGCACCAUCUGCAGCUACUCGCUCGGCAUCGGACCCAUCAGCUGGGUCAUUUUCGGCGAGAUGCUGCCGUCGUCCGUGCGGGAGCUCUACGGCAGCAUCAUCAUCAUCUUCUGGUCGCUGACGCUGUUCACGGUGCUGCAGGUGUUCCCAGAGCUGACGGCACUGCUCGGGAACAGCGGCACCUUCUGGCUGUUUGCCGGCGUGUGCGCCGUCCAGGUGCUGUUUGCGUUCUGUGUGGUACCCGAGACGCGGCUCCGCACACUGGAGGAUAUUCAUCAGGAGCACUUUGUCGGCAAGAGCAAGGGCGAGGCGGAAACGGAGGGCGGAGAAAUCUGAGUGGUUUCAGCGGUGGACGGGAAUGGUGCGAAGGAAUGGGAUGGGGUGUGAAAGCGAAAGAGUGGAUGAAGGUUGAUAGGGAGAGAAAGAGAGGGGGAGGGGAGAGCACAUACAACUCCUGUCUGCCAUAUCUUCACGUCAGGAAUGUCAUGCGUGGCACUGAUGCGAUCGUUCGGAGAAUGAUUCAGCUCCGUGCUGGCUGCGUCUGGGGAGGGCUGGGGAGUAGCAAAUAACUCCCAGUUCAAUACUGUGAUGUGAUGAUGUGAGACGAACAUGUGACAUGCAUUAAUUAGCUAUGGAUUUCCGUCGAGUCAUGUUUGGUAGUUUUUCUUUAACGAUAUUCUCCUGUAUUGAGUUUGAGUGCGUGCCGCGAUAAAAAUCUGUCUUUGUAGGGAUGUUGUAUAAUUACGCUUUUUCACUCAAGUGUUGACUGUGAGUCACUAAAAUGAAAAAGUCGUGCGUGUGCCAUAACUGGUAAAGAAGAUCGGUCUCACAUCUUGUGUGUUGUGUCGAAUGUGGAGCUCGCAUUGAUGGGACAGUAGAUUCCGACAUGCUUUUUAUCUGCUGUACGAGUAUGAUCAUAGACAAGGGUGUCAUUUUAUAUCUCGUGGGCUAGCUAUUGGCAUCUUUAGAGUAAGCUAUGGUUUCCCUAAUUCUCGACAGAAAAAAAUCUUGUUAAACAUCAUCGUACUUCGAGGUGUGUGACUCCGGAUGUGCGAUCAUUGCACAGUGUGCAGCGUGCAUGCACGAACUUUCAGUGGCGAAGGACGACCAUAUCGAUGGCGAUGCAUCGAUGGGUUUGCGAUAUGUGUUAUCCAGUGUCGCUGUCGCUUGUAAGCUGUCAUGUCAUGAACAUAUCAUGCCCGAAAAGAUACGCUCUCGAACUCUGGGCAGUGACGGUGCCUUGCAUGCGCUGGGGAGUGCUGGCAAUAUCAAUUUUAGUAAUUCACAAAUCUGAUAUUGCUAUGAUAUCUUGUCAUGGACAACCCACCGAUGUGUAGUGAAAUCACGAAUGAUUUAGUAUUGAAACGUGGUAGUGGAAGCUAAUUUCGGUAGCCUGCAAAGUUAAACGCAUAUUUAUUUUCCAUAUCUUGUGACAUUGCAGUAAUCAGUGAGAUUAUUAGCUUUGUCACUGAAAUGUUGUAAAUAAAUGAACGAGUGAAAACAAA